AUGGGCUACAACUGUUGGGUUCCUCAGGUCAGGCCACUUCUGAGCCUGAGCCAAUGUAGGAAGCGUCUCAACUGGGCCAAGGAGAAGAAGAACUGGACUGUUGGCCAGUGGUCCAAGGUCCUCUUUUCCGAUGAAAGUCUGCAGUCUGGUUUCGUCACUCUGCCCCGCCUCUCUCGUCUUGAUAGACAGUUUCAGGAUGGAGACAUCCGGAAGGGGUCACUACCAGACAGCAGUGGUAUCACACUGACGCGCUCUGACUCCCUCACCUCGUUCACUGUAGACCUCGGCCCCUCUCUCAUGACUGAGGUACUCAGCUUGAUUGACAACCCCAGCUGCCUUCACAUGUCCAAUCACAGCCAGGCAGCAGGUGAGAAAGAGGAAGGAGAGGAAGAGGAAGAAGAUGACAACGGCUCUCUAAUAGAGACGCCUGUGCAGAGCCCUGUGGUGACUUCACCCAGCUCUUCCAUGGGUAGCGGGUCAUGUAGCAGGAACAUGAACAACAGGGGCCGCUCAUGUAGCUCUGACAGGACAGAGCAGGAGGAGGAGAGGUCACUGAGUACACCUGAUGUAAGCAGUGGAUCUCCUCAGAGAGCUGAGCCUGUAAUGGAGGCAGAGAGGUUCCAGAGAGCAGCUGACGUUCUGUGUCGUCAUUACGGUGGAGGGUCCUUCACAAAGAGAAUGAGGAUCGACAACACCACCACCUCCCCUGCUCUCUCCCACAGCUGCAAAACACCAUACGCCUUUUCUGAAGAGGAAGAAGAGAUCAAAGUGUAG